GUUUUGGAGUCAGCCUCGACGCAGCGCCAAAUCUCAAAGCGGAAGUUGACGGCGGGGUCUUGUUCUACGCAACGUCGUUGCCUGGAAGCGUCCGGAGAAUGGUGGGCGGGUGGAGGCGAGGCCACGUCUUUAGCCGCUGUUGCUUGUCGGCGAACAUGGCUGCCCCCGGGCGAAAAAUCAAAGGAGCUGUGGCGGGACCGGCGUCGUCGUUAUCGACCGGGCGGACUUCUCUCUUUCUAUUUUUUGUGCUGUUGGACGUGGCCCUGCCGGCUUGGGGCCAGGAGGGGAACGACACCACCCUUGAGAGAGAGACAUCUCAGGAGGGAACGGGGUUGCUACUCAGCACUAUUUCACCACCCAUAAUUUCAGCAAUCAGUCAGAUCAGCGCAAAGGAUUCCGCAAAAGGUGAAAUGCUCUCACCAACCUUGGAAGUUGUUUCUUCUGUUGUUCCUGUUCUGACAGUAUCAGAAGAUCAAUCAACCACAUCCCCAACACCAAUGUCUGUGUCUCUUGAAUCUAAUGCGGAUAUUGGUGAUGAUGAUGAUGACACAGAUGACGAUGACAUUGUAGAUGACUUACUGACAAGUUCACUAUCCACAGCAAAAGCAAUUAUAGAUCCUGGUGAGUCUCAAGAAGAUGACAACCAGAUUGAAGAAGCAUUAGAUUCCCAAGAUGAAGAGGAGCAGUGGGCAAGCACACACAGCUAUGGAAAUAAGCCAUUUGCUGAUGAGAUGAAGGACUCUAUCUCAGGGUUAGAAGACGAUAGCCAUUUCUUUUUUCAUCUGGUUGUUGUCGCCUUUUUGGUAGCUGUGGUUUACAUCACGUAUCAUAACAAAAGAAAGAUCAUCCUGUUGGUUCAGGGUAGAAGAUGGAGAGAUGGACUUUGCUCCAGGACAGUUGGAUAUCAUCGUUUAGAUCAAAAUGUUAAUGAGGCAAUGCCUUCAUUAAAAAUUACCAACGAUUAUGUUUUUUAAAAGCUGUGUGAUCUGAAUUUGCCAAACUAAUUGUUUGCUUUGGUUUUAUAUAAUGUGCAGAUGUUGCCAUAUGCAAUGAGGUGUGUGCACUCUUUUGCCUUUCAGUUUUAAGCCUCAUAUGAGGACAUGAAAAGUUAGUAACGACUUCUGGUGACAGACUUCAGAAUCAGUGUACAAUAAUUCCAUCUUUAUUCACUCCCCUCCCCAGUUGUAUUUCCUUCUGCCUGGAGCAGUUAAUUGUCCUUGUUCAGAAUAUAGCCAUAUGGUAGUCCCCACUUGCUAGUGAAUCUGUAACAAGUGAGUUAGCACCAAAAGGGGAUUAUGGUGGUUGCCUGUUUGAAUUAUGUACUUGUUUUUCCCCUCAGUAAUAUAGUGUCCAUCUUUGUAAGACUGGGCCACUUUUAGCAAAAUCGCUUGUAUUCUCCAUAGCCUUUGUACAGACAAAGAAUAUUGUCAGUCUGUGUAGUUCACAAAUAUCAGUUUGAAUUUUUGCUGAUUCAGAACCCAGUUCUCAGCAACUGUGUUGUAGAAAUUUUGCUUUCAAAAAUCUGGAGUUGGGAUACAUGGCUAGAAAUUGAAAUCCAAACACAUAUAUGUAUUUGAAGUAGGUUUUUGCUGUGUUACAGACCUGGAAGGUAUGUAGGCUUGAGAGAGAGAUAUACAUCAGGUAUUGGUCCAACUGGGGUAAUUGGCUGCAGAUAUAGAAAUGACAUGGGCUGAAGUUGCUCAUCUUCAGAAAAUACUGCUCUCUCUUUCAUUUUGGGAAAAAGACAAACCCCUUCCACAUGGAUUAUACAGCUAAUUCUUGAUACGUUAAGUUUUUAAAAUUUUGUGUAAUUUUGCUAUUUAUGUUCAUUUCUACAAAGUUGUACAGUUUCAUAGAGUUACAUUAUGUACAUCAUGUUUAUGGCUGAUUCUCUUCAGGACUGGAAAAUAUGUAAAUAAUCAACUGAAACCAUAAUGAAUGACUUUAUAUUCUAGUAUAGUGUAAUAUUCUGAAAAACUCUCAGACCUCCUGCAUGAAAAGAGUUGCACUGGGCAUGGUCUUCAGUAGAGAAGCAGCUGGGUUUCUAGAUCUCUGUUUAGUGUUUCUGAAUGCAAGAAAAAAAGAGGAACACAAGCAAGACAUGCCAGAACUGUUUCCUGCAGCAGUUUCUGUUGGAUCACUUAAUUAAAAAUUUCAAAUAAAACUCCAAGAAUAUAAUUUUAUGGUAAUUGUAGCUUGAUUUGUACAGUUGUAUGUUUACAAUAAAGAGAAUUCUUUUUAAGACCACACAAA